CAUGGCACGGAAAACAGGGAUUUAUCGCCGAGCACUUGCCCGAAUCUUUGCUGUAACCUUGUUGGUUCUUCAAGGUGUAAUGCUCGACUACUAUUUAAUCGUCGAAGCGAGCUCUUCAUGGUGGUUUGCGUGGGUUGUGACAGACAUAAUCGUAAUAUCCUCUUGGGUUUUAACACUGUGGCUAUCGCAUCGAAAAUCUCGAAGUGCUACAACAGGCACGAAAGAUGCAAUCAAAUUUGCCUAUCAAGCCUGGAUCAUCUACGCUGUACAUUUAGUUCCCCAAUUAGCCACUCUCUUCAAGCUUAAAUCGUCGUUGUUCUCGGAAGAAGAACUAAUAUUUGGGCCAAACAUGUUAAAGAUGAACUUGUGUCUGACACCAAUGUUAUUUCUGUUUCUCGUCUACGCUUAUCACGAUGCCAAAUCACACUCGCGACGAAAAUAUUACCUGGAGAAAAUGACGGCAGCUGUGACCCUUGAUUUGUUCGACAGCGUGGAGAUGCUAGAGUAUCUUUUCGAGGAAGAAACAAUCUCGGUCCCGCUGGAAAAUUCCAUCCUAGCUUUCUCUUGCAUGAAUGUUUUCCUUCCAACUUUUGCCUUAUUUGAGCUAAAAUUCAACAAGUUUCAUGACAGUGGAGAAACUUCUCCGAUCUCGUUUAAGUUUAUCUAUAUUUGUACUUUUAUGUUUUUUGUCAAUGUUCCCUUUUUGGUUUUUAGGCUAAUAUUGUGGCAUGGGUACAACUUAGAUAUAUCGGUGUUGUUGGCGAAAAAUGCUCUGGCCAUUGUAAUGGGAAUUAUUGAAAUCAUGGAGUUUUUUGGAGAGCAGAGACCGAGAAAGUGCAAACACUGUUUAAGGACCUUUGCUAAAGACUUUUUCAAGCCUCACAUGAAACUUUGUUCGCCUGCUGAAAAUAUGGAAAUGAUUUCCUGUGACAAGGCAAGCAAGAUGGACGAAUCUAAAGAUAUUGCUCCAAAUACGUGUGACAUUUCUCCAAAUUCAACAGAAACAUACGUUUAAUUCAUAUCCCAAACAAGGAUAAAGGGUCCGAUUUGUAAAACCAAUAAUGAUCGAGAAUUACGAUUGAAUAUGAAAUGACGUAUGUCAAGACAACAUUUACACACUGUCAUUCAACACGCUAAUACUUUGCUAAAUAAUCUUGUAAUCUCCCAGGCUCUCCUAGCGUGUUUAGUAUCGUUUUCUGUGUUCUUUUGUUUUGCGUAGAAAGGUGUCAUGCUGUGAAAGGAUGAUUUUUGACAAAGUGCCACGAAAACAAAAAAAGAAUUUUAAAAGUAGACUGUUUUAGUAACUGCCGUUCCACUUUUCCCUGCGAGAUAAGCGGCGCGAUCACGUGUUGUAUGCUGAGUUAUUCGGGAUUAUUUAGCCGUCGCGUACCAGUGUGAACUUUGAUUUUUACGCUUAAAGAAAACAAAUUAAAAGGUUACUAAGGGCUCUACGGUAAUGCACGGGGAACACUUUGAACCACCCAGAAAUUUGGAUAUAAAAAAAAUCGCUGUUAAA